CCCAAUCCGAAAGAGGGGGAGGCUAUGGUAAAGUGGUGUAUCGCCGCUCCCCGCUCCCUUAUGCCGUUUACAUGUGCAAAGGAGAGAGACAGGGGGAACCAUAUAUCUGGGGAUUUGAAAGCAGCACAGGCACGGAGGCAUAAUCCGCGGAGAUGUGUCCGAAAAAUAUUUAACGUCAGAUUUGGAUAGUAUGAGCAUCGCGCGAUGACUGUGUCCCCUGAACAGGCACACUGGCCAUCACUAAGUACCCCCUACCUCAGAGCUGAAUCAGGUGUGUCAGUGCUGGGCUGGAACAAAAGCCUGCACACCUAGUAGCUCUUCAGGACCAGGGUUGGAGACCACUGCCCGUACCAGUAGAAGGAUGGCAUGAGAGACAGCCUCGGUGGUCCUCCUUAGCUCUCCUGGAUGAGAUGGAAGAUGCUGGUAGAGCAGCAGGAGUAACCCAGCUAUCGCACCGGGUGUUGUGAAGACCCAACCUGUGGAUCCAGUCGGAAGGUGGGCCUUCCACUAUCCAUUCCUCCACUCCCUUUCCUCAGCCAAUGCUAGACUCCCACCACUGCCCAGUUUCACAAAGAUACUUCCUCCUUCGGUCAUUCAAGAGCACAUACAUCAGGGAUUAUCAACUAGAUUCAACCGCGGGCUGAUGUUUUCUUGAGUGGAUGGUCAGGGGGCGGAACUGACCGCAAGAAGCCCAUACAGAUAUAACAUUUGACUGAAACAUAAUCAUUUCAAAUCUUUCUUGCAUUUGUAUAUGAUCACAUAUAUCUCUCUAUUAUGCGUGAGAAUACUUUGGAACAGAUUUUCAAAAUUAAAAUCAAUUGUAGCUGGUUUGCUGGUGUUUUUACAGUCUUUUAUGUCCAAAAAUAAAUAAAUACAUAUUUUAUUUGCUGGGCAAACUUUGGGGGGGGUCAAAUAAUAUCACCAGAGGGCCAAAUUUGUCCCGGCCCCUCAGGCCUCCAGUUGCGGAACCCUGACAUAGAUCCUUCCUAGUAACCCAGGUUGUUGCACAGAAAGAAAAAAGCGAGAGAGAGAGAAAAGUGCACUAAGCCUAUUUGUUAGUGUUGUUUUGGGGAGAAGUAGUAAUGCAAUAGAUGGCAUCAGAAGGAGUGAAAUGGAAGCGUCAAACAUGAUUGAAAGCUAUUUUUUUACUAAGAAAUAAAGGAACAAUUUAUCUUUUUUUAUACACUGUCAUUUCAGUCAGACUCAAACAGAAGAUCUCGUUCAAGUAACAGACAUUCUGUCAACGAAUCACACGUACACACACUUUGACCCACCUGCACACAGGACUUUUGGGUUAACACAAACUCCCAACAUAGACGUUUUCUCUCAGAACCCGCCACACACUCUCCAGUCUCAUGAUGAUGUGCGAAGUGAUGCCCACCAUUUCGGAGGACGGGCGCGGUGGAGGCCUCUCCUCUCCUGGGGUUGGGGUUGGGGCUGGGGGCCCUGGUGGUGCCAUAGGGGAAGGGGACUAUGGUGGCCGAGGAGAAUCAAGGGGUGGGGGUGAUGAGGGAGGCAGCACAGGGAACCUGGAGUCCCUGAUGGUCAACAUGCUGACCGAGAGGGAGAGGCUGCUGGAGAGCCUAAGGGAGACCCAGGACAGCCUUGGGACGGCCCAGCUACGCCUCAGAGAGUUAGGCCAUGAGAAGGACUCCCUCUCGAGACAAUUGUCCAUCGCCCUGCCACAGGAGUUUGCUGUGCUGACUAAGGAGCUAAAUGUUUGCCGGGAGCAGCUACUGGAGAGGGAAGAGGAGAUUUCUGAGCUCAAGGCAGAGAGAAAUAACACACGUUUGUUACUAGAGCACCUGGAGUGUCUUGUGUCCCGUCACGAGCGCAGUCUGAGGAUGACAGUGGUGAAGAGGCAGGCCCAGUCCCCAGCAGGGGUCUCCAGUGAAGUGGAGGUCCUCAAGGCCCUCAAGUCCCUGUUUGAACACCACAAGGCUUUGGAUGAGAAGGUUCGAGAGCGACUCCGGGUGGCCCUUGAGAGAGUGACUCUUUUGGAGGAUCAACUACAAGCAACAGCACAAGAGGUAAUCUCUUUAAGAGACCAAAUUAAAAGACGGCAAAAGGGGAUGGACGGCGGGAAAGAUCGCCUACUCAAUGGACCGUCUUCUGGAUUGGACGGGGAGAUCGGCAGACAGAGAGAAACGGAGAUAGAGCGCCUAAGAGCUGAGCUCUGCCAGCUGAAAGAGAGACUGGCCCUGAUGUGUCGACAGGUUGGGGAAAUAGAGGAACAGCUUGCAGCCGCCAGGAGGGAGGUGACAAAGUCGGAGGAGGCCAAUCAGAAGCUCCAGAGGGACGUGAAGGAGGCUCUGUGCCAGAGGGAGGAUAUGGAGGAGAGGAUCACUACAUUAGAACGCAGGUACCUUAGUGCUCAGAGGGAAGCAACCUCCCUACAUGACAUCAAAGAUAAGCUGGAGAAUGAGCUGGCCAGCAAGGAGUCACUGCACAGACAGAGUGAGGAGAAGAACAGGCAGUUCCAGGAGCGUCUGGAGGACGCCAAGCAGAAGCUCCAGCAGACCCUGCAGCGGGCCGAAACACUGCCCGAGAUCGAGGCCCAGCUCGCCCAGAGAGUGGCUGCCCUCAACAAGGCAGAGGAACGCCAUGGAAACUUUGAGGAGCGACUACGACAGAUCGAGGCACAACUUGAAGAGAAGAAUCAGGAGUUGCAGAGGGCAAGGCAGAGAGAGAAAAUGAAUGACGAACACAACAAACGCCUCUCGGAUACGGUGAACAAGCUACUGUCUGAGUCCAACGAGCGACUGCAGCUUCACCUCAAAGAGAGAAUGGCAGCCCUAGAGGAGAAGAAUGCACUGUCAGAGGAGUUAGCAAACAUGAAGAAAGUCCAAGAUGAUCUUUUAGCGAACAAGGACCAGCUCAUAGCCGAGCUGGAGAGGAUUCAGCUGGAGGUGGAUCAACUGAGGGGGAGGCCUGGCUCUUCUUAUUCCAGAUCUCUUUCAGGGAGUGCCUCAGAGCUCCGGUACCCCCAGGGUGGUGGCUCCCUCCCAGCCGGCUAUGGCAGCUCCUCCUGUGGUGUGGUGGUCCGGAGGGCACACCGUGGCCGAUGGGCUUCCCCUAGGGAUGAAAGCAACAAGUAUGGAGAGAGGGACAGUGGCACCAUGCUGGGUCCCAGGUUUGAGGGGGGAACUGAGGGGGGCUGCUCAGACGACGAGGAGGACAGGGAGACCCUGUUUGGCUCGGAGCUGCUCUCGCCCAGUGGACAGACGGACGUGCAGACCCUCGCCAUCAUGCUGCAGGAGCAACUGGAGGCCAUCAACAAGGAGAUCAAGCUGAUCCAGGAGGAGAAGGAGAGCACUGAGCUGAGGGCGGAGGAGAUCGAGAGCCGGGUGAGCAGCGUGGCCAUGGACUCCAACCCUCUACCCCCCUCCUCACUGGGCGGGGGCAGGGAGACUGUGGGGAGGGGCUACAUGACCCCCUCCCUCACUUCCUCCACCUUGGCCUCCCCGUCUCCCCCUAGCUCUGGACAUUCCACCCCCCGACUGUCACAUUCCCCUGCCCGAGAGUCAGACAGACAGAACAGCAAAGAGAGCGAUGACUGCCGGGCGCUAGCCCUGAUUGACUCUACCCCUCCAGUUCCUCGCGCUCUGCGAUUAGACAGAAUGACUCACACACACCCAGGUGCGGGGCUGGAUGAUCACCGCGAAUUCUGCAGUCAGGACUCUCUCCACAAAGCCAGCAAGAAGAAGAGCAUCAAGUCCUCCAUUGGACGCCUGUUUGGAAAGAAGGAGAAAGGGAGGAUUGGAGGACCUGGGAGUCAGUCUGCCUCUCUGACCUCCACGCCCUCUGAUGACCUGGGAUCAGCCGACCCCCUGGGCCUUGCCAAGAUGGGAACUGGCACCGUGGAGAAAGAUCGCCGCAGCAGGAAGAAACAAGACCUGCUAGAACAGGCCUGUCGUCAGGGUCUGCCUUUUGCCUCAUGGGAUGGCCCAACCGUGGUCACAUGGCUUGAGUUGUGGGUGGGCAUGCCUGCCUGGUAUGUGGCUGCGUGUCGUGCCAAUGUGAAGAGCGGUGCCAUUAUGGCCAACCUGUCGGACACAGAGAUCCAGCGGGAGAUUGGCAUCAGUAACCCCCUGCAUCGCCUUAAACUACGCCUGGCCAUUCAGGAGAUGGUGUCCCUCACCAGCCCCUCGGCACCGGCCAGCACACACUCUUCGACCAGUAAUAUCUGGAUGACUCAUGCAGAAAUGGAGUCACUGACCGCUGCCAUAAAACCAGAAGUGAAGGAGUUCAGCUGGGACCAGAUCCUGGCCUACGGGGACAUGAAUCAUGAGUGGGUAGGGAAUGAGUGGUUGCCCAGCCUGGGUCUGCCCCAGUACCGUUCCUACUUCAUGGAAUCUCUGGUGGAUGCUCGCAUGCUGGACCACCUCACCAAGAAGGAGCUUAGGGGACAGCUUAAAAUGGUGGACAGCUUCCACAGGGUCAGUCUACAUUAUGGCAUCAUGUGCUUGAAGCGUUUGAACUAUGACAGGAAGGAGCUUGAAAGGAGGAGGGAUGAGAACCAACAUCAGAACCAAGAUGUGAUGGUAUGGUCCAAUGAUCGAGUGAUGUGUUGGGUCCAGGCCAUUGGGCUAAAGGAGUUUGCAGAUAAUCUCACAGAGAGUGGGGUCCAUGGGGCCCUCCUAGCCCUGGACGACACGUUUGAUUACACCGACCUAGCCCUGCUCCUCCAGAUGCCCAAUCAGAACACACAGGCGAGGCAGAUUCUGGAGAAGGAGUACAAUGCUCUCAUCACCAUGGGAACUGAGAGAAGACCAGAUGAGGAUGGCACUAAGACGUUCACUCGCUCACCCUCGUGGAGAAAGAUGUUCAGAGAGAAGGACCUCCGGGGUGUGACCUCUGAUUCCUCUGAAACGUUACCCGCCAACUUCCGUGCCUCCGCCAUCUCCACGCCCUCCGUCACCCUGAGGAAAGUCCAAAGUGAAGUGAACUCCGGGCCCAGGGGUGAGUCAGGGUCAGUGAGAACAUAUUCCUGCUAGAGAUAAGCACACCAGAGUCCGAAAAAAAAUCUACCCAGUUUUUAGAACAAUAAGAUGAAGAUCAUCAACAAAAUGGAGAAUAGAACACAAACAACAAGAAUUCAACUGGAAUCCUUCAAGAAACAAGGGCAAUGUGAGAGAAUGAAAAGAUGCUAAAAUAGAGUGAAUGUCCAUCUCUCUCUCUGUCUCUCUGUUUGUCUCUCUGUCUCUGUCCACAGUUGUGGCAUGAAGUUGUUUGAUGCUGUAGAAAGUGACUCCAUCGCCCAUUGUUAAGUUCAUCUUCAGUUGUGAGUGUGAAAAGACGACAUAAUGACUCUUCUUGUUUUUCUUUGAGACGUAAAACUGCAUUCCCAUUCUGAUCAACAGAAUGAUAACCCAGAUUGUUUUGGACUGUCGAGAGAACAUGCAUACCCUAUCUGUUAAAAUCUCAGAACAGGGUAUUGAGAUCGUGUUUCUCAACCUUUUUGUAAUGUGGACAGGCAGGUCUUUCCUUUACUAAGGACCCACAAGUUAUGGUCCUUCUCUCUUGGGGAACCAUUUACGUUAAAAUGAGCACUUGAGAACUGACUAAAUCAGGUACAGCUAACCAUCUGAGGGACCAGUCAGCAUCAUCCAAGGAACUGGUCGGUCCAUGGACCAGAGGUUGAGGAACACUGUGUUAGGACAGAGGGAGCGGGAGGUUACGAAAUAAGUUAUAAGGGUUAUGAAGGGAGAGUGUGUGAGGGAAUGGAAUCAUGUUCUUAAGCCAUAACAUACACCAUGAGGAGCAUGAGUGAAGGACAAUGAGUGAAGUGCAUUAUGACAAAAUCCUGUUCUAACAACAAAUUUGUUAAUAUGCAUGCCAAAACAAAACCAUUUUAGAGUGAGAUUAAUGAUAUCAAUCAUGUAAUGACAUGAAACCUUGGGUACGGGUAAUUUGUUAAUUGUGUGUGUUUUAUUUGUAUCAUUUUUUUAUGGUGUGUGUGUCUGAACUGUAUGUUAAUAUCAUACUUAGUUAAGACUGACUGUAAUUUUUGUUUAAAAAGUAAAUGCAUUUUAAAUUAUGGACAUUUAAGAUAUACUUGUGUAUGUACAUUUUAAAAACAACUUAUGAUUUAAAUUAAUGAAGAGUAGUGAUGAUAAUUGAAAGUAAUAUAACAAUGAUAAUGAUUGUAAAAGCUGUAAUUAAAAAAUACCUGUAUAAUUGAUGGAAA